AUGGCGCCCAUUCCACCCCAAGACCUCAACGUCCCUUGGCACAAAGACACCGUCCUCCAACUCCGCACCAGCAAAAUGAAACCUAUGCACAACCUCUCCAUCAGCACAGGUAUCUACAAGCAGCCACGUACCACCCGCGUCUUUUGCAGUUUCACCGGCCUCGCCGACGACGAGCACGACCUGACUUUCCACGGCGGUGUCGACAAAGCCGUGCACCAGUACUACCCCAGACAUUAUCCGUCCUGGAAGUCCGACUUCCCCUCUGCCGCCUCUGCUUUUGAAGUGGGUGGUUUCGGCGAGAAUGUAGUGAGUGAGGUUAUGAAUGAGAGGAAUGUGUGUAUUGGGGAUGUGAUCAGGAUCGGGGAGGUGCUGCUGCAGGUUAGUUUGCCGAGACAGCCGUGCUUCAAGUUGAAUCAUCGGUUUGGACUCAAGGCCUUUACCAGCCAGACUUGGAAGAAGAGUCGCACGGGGUGGUAUUAUAGAGUGCUUGAGGAGGGGUGGAUGGGCAUGGGUGAUAGGAUUGAGCUUGUGGAGAGGAGGCAUGAGGAGUGGACGAUUGAGAGGGUGCAGGAGUAUUUGCAUAGGGAUAAGGGGAACUUGGAGAUGUUGACAAAGCUCGAGCAAAUUCCCGAAUUCGGAACUGAGUGCAAAACAGCUUUCAAACGCAUGAUCGCCACUCUCCUCGCCGCCGAAGCCGAGAAGAACAAGCCCAAAGAACCAGAAAAGUGGGAACAAUACACACUCGUCGAGAAGAAUAAAGAAACUCCUCGCAUCACUUCCUUCGUUUUCUCCAAACCCGGUUCAGAGGAAACCAAAACCAGAGAUCUCGAUCCGGGGUGUUUUGUGAGACUAAAGCUACCGAAUGAAUUGUUGAGAUCGUAUUCGAUUGUUAGUGGCUCAAAGGAUAGAUUUAGGCUGGGUAUUGCAAGGGAUGAGAAGAGUCGUGGAGGAUCGAAAUAUUUGCAUGAGAAUUUGGAGGUUGGUGAUGAGAUAGAGGUGGGAAAGAUUAUGGAGAGCGUGCCGAUUAAGGGGCAGUCUUCGAACCACAUAUUCAUCGCCGGCGGAAUAGGCAUUACUGCCUUCCUCGCCCACGUUGACAUCUACGCGAAGAUCAACUGGAACUACAUCGUGCACUUCGCUAUACGAUCAGCAGAGGAUGUUCCGUUCAAGGAACGAAUCGAGAAACUGCGAGAUCAAGGACGUAUGGUACUGUAUGAUGGGAAGAAAGGCGAGAGGAUGGAUGUAGCGAAAAUACUCGGGGAGAGAACCUGGGGAAGUGCGGUGUAUGUUUGUGGACCGAGGAAAUUGAUUGAUGGGGUAAGAGAGGUGGUUGAGAGGCUUGGGAUCGGGGAGGAUGAGGUGCAUUUUGAGGCUUUUCAAGCUGACAAUACCGGUGAUCCUUUCACUGCGGAAAUCGUAAGUACUAGCGAGGAAGACCAGAAUGAAGAAGGAAAGAGUAAAACAAUCGAUGUCCCAGGAGAUAAGACGCUUUUGCAGUGUAUUCGUGACGCUGGCUUUGAGAUCGACAGCAGUUGCGAGGUGGGGAAUUGUGGUGCUUGUAGGGUUACAGUUACGGAGGGAGAAGUCGAGCAUAGGGGGAGUGCGUUGAGUAAGGAGGAUAAGGAGGAGGGCGGGAUGUUAAGUUGUGUUAGUCGUGGGGUGGGGAGGUUGAGGAUUGAAUGGUAG